AUGCCUGAUAUCAACAGCAGUAAAGUGGAAGUUAUGAAGGAAGGAAUUCCCCCUAGUGCUGUGGAUGGUGAUGGUGAUCCAUGGUCAUGUGUAUCUGUAGUGGAUUUGGAUCUAGAAUUUUGUUUAGUGGUUGAGUGGUUUAUUUUAAUUGAGCUGCGCUGCACGUGAGAGACUGUAAUGAUCUCCAGCUGGAGGAAGUUAAGGGGCAGUGGGAAGAGUGCAUGCCCUCUCUCCCUCCCUCCCUCCACCCUUUUCUCUCCAGAUGGAUGGGGCUUUUGAAAGCUCCUCUCUGAACAGCCUCAAUAAAUGUGUGUGGUCCUGGCUGACCUGACACCUGAUCCUUCCUGCUUUACCUGUGUGUGUGUGUGUGUGUUUGUGUGUGUGUGUGUGUGUGUGUGUGUGUAAGUGUGUGUGUGUGUGUGUGUGUGUGUGUGUGUGUGUGUGUGUGUGUGUGUGUGUGUGUGUGUGUGUGUGUGUGUGUGUGUGUGUGUGUGUGUGUGUGUGUGUGUGAGCCUUUCUCAGUCCAACUGGAGGGGUUCAACAGAACACUAGAAUGCAACAACAGAGUUCCAGAAUGUGUGCUUUUGUCUUUGUUUUCGUUAUUUAAACCAGACCAUAAACUGCUUUCCUACAUUCAAACCCCCUCCCUUUUGUAUUGGCCUCCCUCUAAGCCUCACUUUGACCCUGUCCCUAUGUUGGCCCUAUAUGGGUCCAUCCCUUCCCCUGACUGUGUGGUCUCUGCUCUGAGCAGUACUGGGACUAUGCUAUAUGCUCUGGGCAGUAGCCUUGAGGCAGAGAUCAUCGUAGCAUUGUAGCAUCUGGCUGCAGACACAUCUGUUUGUUCGCGGCUCGUUAGGUCGUUGGGGUUGUUUUAGCCAGCAGGGGUGCAGUCAGAGGUGCGGUCAGGGGUCAAACCACAACGUCACACCCUGUUCUGACCCGACCGUGCUGCUCCUGCGCCUGCCCCUGCGGUGCUCUGGAGAAAACCCCAAGGCCCAGCCUGAGAGUGUGCUAAUUGUAUGUUUGUGGGAAGGAAGAGGAAGGCAGCUUUAGUGGAGAAAUGAAGGGAUGGAGGGAUGGACUUCGGUCAUGGCAGUAGUUCAUCAUAGCAUCCAACUUCCUCAUAACCCCCUAAUGGAUUAAGAUUUUGAAAGUGGGCACAGUAAUCUGAUCCUAGAUCUGUAGUUAGAGUGUAGGGCACACUCGCACAGUUUAGAUUGGUUCUAUAACUGUACCCCUGUCUCGUCAGUGAAAAGGAUGGAGAGAAUAGGGGAAUGGAUAAAUAGAAGGGGUCUGGAGUGCACCUACUGCACUGGAAGCAGGUCCCAGCUAUGUGUCAAACUCAGUCCACGGAGGGCCAAGUGUCUGUGGGUUUUCGCUCCUCCCUUGUACUUGAUUGAUGAAUUAAGGUCACUAAUUAUUAAGGAACUUCCCUCGCCUGGUUGUCUAGGUCUUAAUUGAAAGGAAAAAACUAAAACCAUCAGACAUAAUGGGUUUGACACUCCUGGGCUAGUGAAAGGAGGAUCUGUUUUUUCUGUCUACAGCCUGAGUAAUUGGGUUACUUGAAAUGGAUACUGACUGUCUCUCCUGUUGUGGGGGUCUUUCAGCACUGUGGAUGGUAUGGCUUUGUGCUAUGGUGCUUCUGUAUGUGGAUGAUUGUGAGAGAUGUGUGAGUCUGAAUUUGAAAUGAGUGUGUUUGAUAUGAGUCGAACCUAAAAUAUUUCUCUCGUCUCUUUCCCUCUGUAGUGGAGCCAGCGGACCUCUUGAAGAUUUUAGAUUUUCCCAGUUUACCUGAAGGCGUUACGAAAACGACAGGUUUCUGUGCGCAUAGGAAGUCAACAAAAGGAGCCGAUGUAGCCUACAGAGUAUCCAAAGAAGCCCAGCUCAGUGCCCCCACCAAACAGCUGUACCCUGGUAAGUACCUGAUCAUGACCAUUCACUGAUUGGUUGAUCUCCUUGGAUCUCUGAACUUAAAAGAUACCUGUUCCUUUCUUUUCAUGUCUUCCUCAAGUACAUUACUGUAUCUCUUCUGAUUGAGAUCGUCCCUCCCUCUACUCCAAUGUACAGAUUACCUUGUUUACUCAAAUAUCAUCUAAUGCGUAUAGCUUUUACAGUAAGAUUCCUCCUGACUGGUGUUGCUGGGGUGUUAUAGAUGCUCCCCUAGUAAUUCUGUUCCUAUUGGCUGUUUGUGGCCUCUCCUCUACUAAGUCUGUUCCUAUUGGUUGCUUGUGGCCUCUCCCCUACCUCUGGUGUUGACACAUAUGAACUCGUUGACCCCUAGUCAAUAAUAAAACACUGGUGUAAAUCACUGGUGUAAUGUCCUGACAUGGAUGGAAUGUCCCAGACUGCAGUAAAACUCCCAUAAGAUCUGUCCUUAUUCCUCCCACCUGGUCCGUUCAUCCCCUCCGCUCUCCACACCUGCCACCUGGCAGACACCUCUCCUCCCCUUCCACCUAGGUAUCUGUUUUAUUGGCCAUUACAUCAUGAUCCUUGUCGGUCAUCUGGACCUAUGAGUUAUAGUUUACAGUGCUGCAAAUUUGUUGGGCCAAAUGUGCAGAUUCACCUCCCACUCUGGAUCCUCCUACUCCCCAAACACACACACACACACACACACACACACAUAUUCACAUACGCACGCCAUGCUCUCAAACAGCCUUCUACCAUAUCACCUCUCCCACUAUUUCUCAGGGCUUCAUGCACCAUAAUUCACUUCAGUAGGCAUUAGCUCUGAUAAAAAUGUAGCCAAACUCUAUAGACCUGCCAGGUUGUAAGGCUGUUGGCCUUACAUGAACAGUUCUGGCCUCCAACCUGACUUAUUUAUUUGGGAGCUGAGUCAUUCUUGAGUGACUGAUGUUUAUUAUGAUCCAAAGUUAACAUAUUCUAAAGAAAGAAGAUUAGUUCAGCAUAACACCAUACUUCAUUUUAAGUGGUAGGAUACGAAACACACUCUCACACGCUCUCUCUCUCUCUCUCUCGCUCUCUCUCGCCCUCUCCCUCUCUCUCUCUCUCUCUCUCUCUCUCUCUCUCUCUCUCUCUCUCUCGAUUCUUCUUUAUGAUUCUCCUCACGUCUGUUCCAUCUGUGCACAUCUGCGUUGAAUAAAGAUGGAGCUCGUUCUAAUUCAGACAUGCUAAAAAAGAAAAUAAUGAAAUAAAAAAAAGAGGGGACAGACAGUCAGAGAGGCAUACUAAUUCUUCCAUUUUGGAAACCUCAUACUCUGAUUCAGUGGGAAUCAUACUCCAGUAAAUGUCUUAGCUCUGGAAGGGGUGGGAGGAUGGAGUGAGUCAGGGGGAAAAAAGGGGGACGGCGGGAGAGGAGGGAGAUGGGGGUUCCACUCUCCCCCUUUCUAUUGCGCUCACAUGGCUCUCGCUUACUGUUCUGCAGUGACCAGCACAGCAGCACUCUCUUUCUCUCUCUUUGCUCUCUCUCUCUCUUUCAUCUUCUUUUUUCUAUCUUUGUCUUAUACCCUCUCUAUCUCUCUUUCAGUGCUGCUUUUUCAUUUUUUUAUAUUUUCUUUCUCUCACUGUCUCUCAGAGAGAUGUACUAGCUAGCCAACGUUCCUUCCUGUUGCAUGCUGGGUAAGACUGACAUAUUUAUUUAUGCACGUUGUCAAACAGUGCAGAAAAUUGUGUGACCCAGACUGGAAUGUGUUCUCCAGACAAUCCCAAUAAUUUAAAGUGAUUGAGGGAAAGAGUUGGAGAAAGAGAGAGAGAGAGAGAGAGAGAGAGAGAGAGAGAGAGAGAGAGAGAGAGAGAGGUAGGUAGGUAUUGGAUUCGGCAGUAGAGAGAAAAUCCCCAACUCCCAUUCAGUUGACUCAAAAUCCAGUUUGUUGACAGCCAAGUGUGUCAAGAAUGUCUCCCUGAUCACAACAGUUCUCCGGGUGGCUCUAGAGUUCUUAGGGAAUGAGGCUAGGAAGCCUGGAGAAGGCCUGGAGGAGGCCUGGAGGAGGCCUAGAGGAGGCCUGAAAAGUGGAUGUUUGAUCCACAUCAAGGCUUUUCUUAAAGGCUUAAUGCAGAGCUGAGUUCAGACACAAGGCUACAGGACAUGUCCUCUCAUGCUCUCCAAACACACAAGUCAUGUUUAUUUUGAACUCAAUGAAAAGGCUGAAAGCUCAAACUUGGGCUUCUCUUCUGUUUAUGAUAAACUUACAGACUUAUGAAAUAGUCUCAAGCAAUGCUCAAGGAAGGACCAAAACUCUUCUAGAACAAACUAAACAUAAUCUGAUUCUAGAUCCUUUGAAAUAGACAUUCCAGAACAUUAAGACAUAAGCAAAGUUAUUGAGCCCUGUGGUCUAGAGUAGUUUAAUAGCUAGUAGAGGUCUGUGCUGUGGUCAAUAGUUGACUCCAGUCGUCCACCUCAACAUGGAGAGAGAGGGGGAGAGAGAGAGAGUACAGCUAAUAUCUUCCAGAAGGCAGAAAGAGUGAGAUCAUUUGGUCCAGUUCCUUCUCUCUGUUACCCUCUAUACUACUACUAAACGUAGGCUCUUAGCCUGGUUGAUUAAGACUGUAACAUCCUCCUACAUCCCCCCCACCAAACACAUUUUAGAUCAGGAACAUUAGGAGCAUGUUCUCUCAAACCCACAGACAUUUUAUGAGCUGAUGAUGUGUUGGAAAAGAACGAGUGUAGACAUGCUAUCAUUAAGCAAACAUGGAAGAAGUGAUUCAUUAGAGGAUGGAAGGGCUGAAACAGAGAGAUUCUGUACUGUGCUUGUUUCCCAUCUUCUCUUCAGGGAUUAUAAAUAGACGAACAGACCAACGGGACAGUUGGCUUCUCUCAACAUGUCCAUACCUCUGACUCUAAUGUUCAGACUUAUAUGUCAGAAUAGUCUUGAAUGUUCUUUAUCAAAUAACUCUCAGUCCCUCUUUUACAGUUUCCCAAAGCGACGAGCAGUUGGAAGUCAAAAGUCACUUAUACACAUAAAUUCACAUAUGCACAUACUCAUCAUUUUAGAGAUGUUACACAGGGUUAGGACUUCCAUGGUCUACAGUAGGUUUCUCUCUCUCACGCUCAGUAGGGUUAGCCAGGGUGAACAAUUGGCAACAUCAGUGUGCUACAAACUGUAAGGAAAGACUGACGUCAUCCCACCACUCUCAUACAGCGACUUUUAUCUCACAGUGGGAUGUCUUUGGAUUCAUGCCUAUGGCAGGACUGUAUUAGCUGGGUGGUCUCAUCUUCUUCUCUCUCCCUUCUCUCCCCUCUCUUCUUCCUCCUCCCUUCUUCCAAUUUGUUUGGAGGAGAAAACAGGAGUGGUAGCCAAAAAGCUGGAAGAGAGAAGGCAACAGCUGAGAAAAGCCGUGUCAUCAUUCUGCUCCGCUCUAAUCAGUCUCUCUGACAGAACACCUUAUAGCUUUCCCUUUGGUCUUUAGAGGUGACAUGCUGUUCAUUACUAUCUUAUCUUUCAUUGGGGGGCCACUACCACCACUCUCUAUCUCUACACGCACGCACGCAUGCACACACACACACACACACACACACACACACACACACACACACACACACACACACACAGAGCAGAUGUGGAUGGGGAGUCAGACACAGAGGUAUGACAGCACAGCACAGUGGCAAACCAAAUCGCUCUCCCCCGUCCUCUCCCCUCUUUAACCAAUAAAUACCGAACACAGCUAUUAGCUACAGCACUUAUCCAACUCAUCUGUUCUGGUAAAGCACAAUUAUAAGUUGUAUGUACCAAUUAGCCUAAGAGGCUGAAUAACUCAGUUCCACUUACUCAUAAAGUUGUACUGUUUUUUUACAGUUACUAAUACUGUUAUUAAUUACAUCGCUCUUAUCCAGAGCGACUUACAGUUAGUGAGCGCAUACAUUUUUUUCAUACUGUAUUACAAGUCACACUGAUUGGUUGCUAGCCACAGUGUCUGAUUGGCUGUUGGGGGCAUCUGAGAGACUUUUCCUGACAGACACUGUAGGGAGGUGGCGCUGCCAGGAUAAACCAGCAUGUCUGCCACUAGCAUAACUACUGCUGCUGUUACCAUUACAACCAUCACCCGCUCUCUCUCAGACAUGUUCACACACACGUUCACACACACACACACACACACACAUACACACACACACACACACACACACACACACACACACACACACACACACACACACACACACACACAUACACAGGAGUCUGAGAAUAGGCUCCUCCUCUUUCCAUUCUUCCUCCACUAGUUUGAUCUCUCUCAUGGCGAAAGUUCUCUCAGGCCAUGUCAGUCCCGACAGUAACGGUAAGGUCACUAGAGUUAAGAAAGAGAGGAGACAGCAUGUAAACACAGCAGCGCUGAGAGCCAACACCCGACCAAGCUAACGGGAACCACUCACGGUAGACUGCAGACCUGGUCAUGUGACAGUGCCCUUUCAGGAGUGUUUCAAAUUUACAAUUGAAAGACUUUUGUGUUUUUUGAUAAUAAAUAAUGAUUCAAUCAGACUCUGUCUCCCCCUCCUCUCUCUUUCUCACCUUUUUGUCACCACAAAACUGUUCAGUCACUCUACGUCCCAUUUCUGCUCCUGAGCGAGCGCUCCGAUGUUGCCACUCCCUGCUCUGCUGAGAUGAGCUGAGGGGUAGAGAGGAUUGCACCAGUGGCAAGUUGGCAACUCUUACUGUAGCCUGCUCUCAUCUCUCUUCUUCUUCUUACCAUGCUCUGUUCUGCUCUGCUCUCAAAGCAUCUGCCACUCAAACUCAAGCAUCUGCUGCCCCUCUCUCUCUCUCUCUCUCUCUCUGAGCCAAAGAGAAUUCCUCUGGAACACACUGCCAAGACUUGUGGACACUGCAUGAAUUGAUUACAGGCCUGUCUUUCUGUCUUUACUGAGUGAGAGAGAGAGAGAGAGAGAGGAGAGAGAGAGAGAGAGAGAGAGAGAGAGAGAGAGAGAGAGAGAGAGAGAGAGAGAGAGAGAGAGAUUGACAGACAACGAGGAGAGAGCGAAAGUGGAGAAAAUAGAAAAUGGCUGAUGAUGACAAAUCCAUAUUUUUCCAUCAGUGACUAAAGCGCUUCCCCCUCCUCUCUUUCCUUUCCUCCCUCCUUCAUUCCCUCCCUUCCUCUCUCCAGUGUCUGACUGCUCCAAACCUCAGGCUCGAGAACCUUCCCACUGCUCUCCUGUCAAGGCGUCUUUCGCCUCCGAGCCCUCUGAUUGGCUGUCUGUCUCAGCGACGCUCUAAUGCUGUUUUUACAUGGUGACCACAGCCUGGGUUCCAUUAAUAGGGGAGGGGGGUGAGGGUUAGAAAAUAAAUGGAGAGAGUUUUCCAAGCUACAGAAUAGGACUGCUUUACUUCUCAUAUGAGACAUUUCUUACCCUUUGAAUCUAAGUGUAAAUGAGCAAAUACCAUCACAAAUAUACAGCUGUGGAAAAAAUUAAGAGACCACUGCAGUUUUUCUUAAAUCAGCAUCUCUACAUGUAUGACAGCCAUUCCAUUCCAGUGUCUGUUGAAUUCCAACACAGGCACACCUCAUUCUACUGAAUUAGGUACUGAUUAGGUGAUCACAUGAACCAAAUCUUAUUUAACGAGGAAAAGUAUAACACUGCUGUGGUCAUCACUAUCCUCUUGCAAUAGGACCAGCUGGAUGGCAAAAACAGUGCUAAUAGUACCUCAAAAGUAAUAUUAAUAAAAAAUAACUAUUGACCAUGCCAAAAGAGUUGAAAAGGAAAGUUUUGAGUGAGGAAAAGAAGGGUUCAAUUCUUGCUUUACUGGCAGAGGGAUACAGUGAGCGUCAGGUUGCUUCCAUCCUUAAAAUUUCAAACACGGCGGUUCAUAAGAACAAGGUCAAGCAGGAGACAUUGGGGACAACAAAGGUACAGACCGGCAGAGGGCGAAAACUACUCUCUACUGACCAGGAUGACCGCCAACUCAUUUGAAUGUCACUCAACAACCGUAGGAUGACAUCAAGUGACCUACAAAAAGAAUGGCAAACGGCAGCUGGGGUGAAGUGCACGGUGAGGACGGUUCGAAACAGGCUGCUAGGGGCAGGGCUGAAGUCGUGCAAAGCUAGAAAAAAGCCCUUCAUCAAUGAGAAGCAAAGAAGAGCCAGGCUCAGGUUUGCAAAAUACCAUAAGGAUUGGACCGUAGAGGACUGGAGUAAGGUCAUCUUCUCUGAUGAGUCCAAUUUUCAGCUUUGCCCAACACCUGGUCGUCUAAUGGUUGUUAGACGGAGACCUGGAGAGGCCUACAAGCCACAGUGUCUCGCACCCACUGUGAAAUUUGGUGGAGGAUCGGUGAUGAUCUGGGGGUGCUACAGCAAGGAUGGAAUCGGGCAGAUUUGUCUUUGUGAAGGACGCAUGAAUCAAGCCACGUAAAAGGUUGUCUGACAUUGUUCCCCAACUCUGAGGAUUGGUUUUUCCAGCAGGACAAUGCACCAUGCCACACAGCCAGGUUGUCACGCACUGACUCAGGGGACUCUUAUUUGUUGAGUCAGGGUGUGAUUUUCUAUGUGGUGUAUAUCUAUGUUAAUGUUCUAGUAUGUGUAGUUCUAUGUUGUCCUGUAUGGUUCCCAAUCAGAGGCAGCUGUCACUCAUUGUCUCUGAUUGGGGAUAAUACUUAGGCAGCCUAUUGGCACUCGUUAAUUGUGGGAUCUUGUUCCGUAUAAGGUAUGUUGUUUGUGUCUACCGUGGACUUCACGUUUCGUUUCGUUUAUUGUUUUGUCGAGUGUUUAUUAAGUUUAAAUAAACAUGUAUGCAUAUCACGCUGCGCCUUGGUCCGACCCGUCCUUGAACGAACGUGACAGAAGAUCCCACCAAUCACGGACCAAGCAGCGUGUCCAGGAGCAGACAGCCUGGACAUGGGAGGAGAUCCUGGAAGGAAAGGGAUCCUGGACAUGGGAGGAGAUUCAGGCCGGGAUGGAUCGCCGUCCUUGGGAGGAGACAGUGGAGGCCCGGUAUAGAGAGGAGCAGCGGCAACGCAGAAGGCGCCGGCCGAGGAAGAAGCCCGAGAGACAGCCCCAAUAAUUUUUUUUGGGGGGGCUAAAAGGGUGGUUGGCGGAGCCUAGUGUUAGAGCAGAGCCAACUCCCCGUAUUCACGCGAGGAAGCGUGUGACUGGGCAGGCUGGAAUGUGAUCAAGAGGAAGAUGGAUGGUCACAAGCUAUCAAACAAAGCUGAGCUGCUUGAAUAUUUGCUCCAGGAGUGGCAUAAAGUCACCCAACAUCAAUGUGAAAGACUGGUGGAGAGCAUGCCAAGACGCAUGAAAGCUGUGAUUGAAAAUCAGGGUUAUUCCACCAAAUAUUGAUUUCUGAACUCUUCCUAAAUUAAAACAUUACUAUUGUGUUGUUUAUAAAUGAACAUGAACUUAUUUUCUUUCCAUUAUUCGCAUAUUAUCUUUUUUGUUAUUUUGACCAGUUGUCAUUUUCUGCAAAUAAAUGCUCUAAAUGACAAUAUUUUUAUUUGGUAUUUGGGAGAAAUGUUGUCAGUAGUUUAUAGAAUAAAAUAAAAAUCUUAUUUUUACCCAAACACAUACCUAUAAAUAGUAAAACCAGAGUAACUGAUAAUUUUGCAGUGGUCUCUUAAUUUUUUCUGCAGCUGUAGAUGUAGGAGAAUUGCUGAGAAUGUUCAUGCAAAGCAGGAAAUGUAAACUUGUAGUGUAUUUGAGUUUUAAAAAAAUGUCCACUUUGAAAUUCCCUACUUGAUUUGCCCUAAUUAAAUUUGUAUCAAACUCUACAAAAAUGCCCAUUAAUUAUAAUCUACAUAAAAAUUCACAUUUCCUGUUACUGCAGGAUUAUUUUAGCAAACUGGCUCAAAUUAAGAUCCUGCAUCUGUAGCUUCACAAUAUGCCAAUUUAGUAGUACACCAUAACUUUAGCUCCACACUCAGAUUCUACCUUUGUAGUUAGAAAGACACUUUGCAAAGAUAACUAACACGCUAAGACAUAAUUCAGUCAUGAUGAUUUCCAUAAACUCAGCAGAUUUCUACCUCUUUCCUCUCCCCUUAAAACAAAAGCAGCUCUCUAGUCCUGGGACUUAUGAAUGGUGCCAGAACUAAACGUGAGUCUAACCUGCACAUGUAUGUGAGUACCCCAUUGUCUUCAGGGGAAAAGCAAGGCCCGCACCCUUGUUAGGGGGCUGAGAAUGUCCCACAAGGCCUUGCUCUAAGGGCAUAUGUCUCACAGAUGUGGCUGGCGCACACAAAAUGGAGGGAGAGUUUAGACUAGGCAUGCAGAUGGAGGGAUGCAGGGAAGAAGGGAAGAAGGGAGGUGGGCGCUCCUCAAGAGGGAGAGAGGGGGUUGAAACGUCCCUUUCACUUCUCCUCUCUUCUUUUCACCCCUUUUUCCCCUUUUUUCACUUUUGUUUGUCCCGUGUUUUGUUGUUCUGUAAAUACUCCUUUAUUCUGGCUUUCAUUCUCUUUCUCAGCAUCUCUCGUCAUAUCCCAUUUAUUUUCAUAAGUAUGUCUCUCUAUCCUUCUUUUGUCUUUCUCUCUCUCUCUCCCUCCCCUUUCCCUCUCUCUCUCUCUGUCUCUCCCUCCCUUUAUGUGUCUGGUGGAUGGAUCAGGUCUGAGAGAGGAGGAGAGGGGAAGAGGGGUUUGGGAAAAUGAGAAAGUGUUUUUGAUGGCCACCCAGAGACCACAUGCUAUUCUCAUUACUCUGUUCUCCUUCCUGUCUACUCUCUCGCUCGCUCUCUCUCCCUCCCUCCCUGUCUCACUUCCAGACUUUUCUCUCUAACCCUCCCAGCUCUGUGCUGUUCUGUUCAGUAUUCUGGCCAGUGUUGGAGGUUUGGAGAGAGCUAUUGUUUGCUUUAGAUGCUCCAAGACGUUAUUUAGAUGUCUCCUCUGUCCAAGACGUUGUCAUCUCCUCUGUCCCAUGUUCUUCAUCCUUUUCCCUGUUUGUGUCCUCUACCUGCUUCAGUACAUAACAUGGUCUUGACUAUGUGUCUCUGAAGGUUAUCCUAGUAUAGUUUCAGUGCAGUACACCAUUUAUUUGACUGUAUUUAUGGAUUUAAUUAAGAUUUUACUCUCUCUUGAAAACAAUACUUUACAUCAAACCCAUGCAGGGGUGUGGUCCUCUGACUCUCACUAUUCAGCACAUUACAUGAACUGGUGUAUUAUAACUCCGCCCCCCCUCUCUCUCCAUUCCUCCAUCCCUCUCUUCCCCCUCCACAGCUGAUGUGUUUCCUGAGGACUUCUCCAUCCUGGCUACAGUGAAGCCUAAGAAGGGCUCCCAGUCCUUCCUGCUGUCUGUGUAUAACGAGCAGGGCAUCCAGCAGCUGGGGGUGGAGGUGGGACGCUCCCCUGUCUUCCUGUAUGAGGACCACACAGGCAAACCCAGCCCCGAGGACUACCCCCUCUUCAGAGGUCUCAAUCUGGCCGAUGGAAAGUAGGUUCACCUCAAACCACACACAGUAUUACUAUAUCAUUAGAUAGUACACUGAUAUCAUUACAUAGGCCAUUAUAUAUAUAGUACAGUCGUGGUCAAAGGUUUUGAGAAUGACACAAGUAUUGGUCUUCACAAAGUUCGCUGCUUCAGUGUUAUGAGAUAUUUUUGUCAGAUGUUACUAUGGUAUACUGAAGUAUAAUUACAAGCAUUCCAUAAGUGUCAAAGGCUUUUAUUGACAAUUACAUUAAGUUUAUGCAAAGAGUCAAUAUUUGCAGUGCUGACCCUUCUUUUUCAAGACCUCUGCAAUCCGGCCUGGCAUGCUGUCAAUUAACUUCUGGGCCACAUCCUGACUGAUGGCAGCCCAUUCUUGCAUAAUCAAUGCUUGGAAUUUGUCAGAAUUUGUGAGUUUUUGUUUGUCCACCCGCCUCUUGAGGAACGACCACAAGUUCUCAAUGGGAUUAAGGUCUGGGGAGUUUCUUGGCCAUGGACCCAACAUUUCGAUGUUUUGUUACCCAAGCUACUUAGUUAUCACUUUUGCCUUAUGGCAAGGUGCUCCAUCAUGCUGGAAAAGGCAUUGGUCAUCACCAAUCUGUUCUUGGAUGGUUGGGAGAAGUUGCUCUUGGAGGAUGUGUUGGUACCGUUCUUUAUUCAUGGCUGUGUUCUUAGGCAAAAAUGUGAGUGAGCCCACUCCCUUGGCUGAGAAGCAACCCCACACAUGAAUGGUCUCAGGAUGUUUUACUGUUGGCAUGACACAGGACUGAUGGUAGCGCUCACCUUGUCUUCUCCAGACAAGGUGUUUUCCGGAUGCCCCAAACAAUCGGAAAGGGGAUUCAUCAGAGAAAAUGACUUUACCCCAGUCCUCAGCAGUCCAAUCCCUGUACCUUUUGCAGAAUAUCAGUUUAUCCCUGAUGUUUUUCCUGUAGAGAAGUGGCUUCUUUGCUGCCCUUCUUGACACCAGGCCAUCCUCCAAAAGUCUUUGCCUCACUGUGCGUGCAGAUGCACUCACACCUGCCUGCUGCCAUUCCUGAGCAAGCUCUGCACUGGCGGUGCCCCGAUCCCGCAGCUGAAUCAACUUUAGGUACGGUCCUGGCGCUUGCUGGACUUUCUUGGGCGCCCUGACGCCUUCUUCACAACAAUUGAACCUCUCUCCUUGAAGUUCUUGAUGAUCCGAUAAAUGGUUGAUUUAGGUGCAAUCUUACUAGCAGCAAUAUCCUUGCCUGUGAAGCCCUUUUUGUGCAAAGCAAUGAUGACGGCAUGUGUUUCCUUGCAGGUAACCAUGGUUAACAGAGGAAGAACAAUGAUUUCAAGCACCACCCUCCUUUUAAAGCUUCCAGUCUGUUAUUCUAACUCAAUCAGCAUGACAGAGUGAUCUCCAGCCUUGUCCUCGUCAACACUCUCACCUGUGUUAACGAGAGAAUCACUGACAUGGUGUCAGCUGGUCCUUUUGUGGCAGGGCUGAAAUGCAGUGGAAAUGUUUUUUGGGGGAUUAAGUUCAUUUUCAUGGCAAAGAGGGACUUUGCAAUUAAUUGCAAUUAAUCUGAUCACUCUUCAUGACAUUCUGGAGUAUAUGCAAAUUGCCAUCAUCAAAACUGAGGCAGCAGACUUUGUGAAAAUUAGUAUUUAUUUCAUUCUCAAAACUUUUGACCACGACUGUACUUUAUAGUCAAACUAUCUCAUUUUCAGAGGACUCAACCUGGCCAACGGAAAGUAUGUUCACCUUGUCUGAUACCAUACCAUACCAUAAACUCUAGUCAUUCUGUGGUAUACCUUAUCACUCUGCCUAGUGCUUACACAGCUUGUAAACUAUGAUAUACAAUGUCACACAUAUACUACAUUAUAUCACACUAGCCCCUCUUCAGAGGCCUCAACAGUGACAUAUGUUAUAUUGUACCAUAUCAAACAAAUGCAAUCUGCUCUCAGUUUAGCUUAUUGUUUGCUUCUCUGUAAUCAGAGAGCAGGUGUGGGUUGGUCUAGCUUUGAUGAGUCUGGUGGACACACUACUGUGGGCUUUAGUUGUGCAGGUGACCGGUCACACAUGUUCAUUAUCUCAAUCUGCUGUCUGUCCAUCUAACACAUAGUUUGUUAUCUAGCUAGCCAGUCAACCAAGGUUGUUUGUAUUAUAUAUAAAGACAUCCUUUGAUUGACAGUAGCUGACCUUUGUGUGCUAUAGUGCCCUCGGAUGUGUAGACAUUGAACCCAUGGCUACAUCCCUAUCCUGAACAAAACAUCCCUAUACAGUUUCCUUACAACCUGGAAUUAAAAUGGAUUUUUUGGGGGUUUGUAUCAUUUGAUUUACACAACGUGCCUACCACUUUGAAGAUGCCAAAUAUUUUUUAUUGUGAAACAAACAACAAAUAAGACAAAAAAACAGAAACCUUGAGCGUGCAUAACUAUUCACCCCCCCCAAAGUCAAUACUUUGUAGAGCCACUUUUUGCAGCAAUUACAGCUGCAAGUCUCUUGGGGUAUGUCUCUAUAAGCUUGACACAUCUAGCCACUGGGAUUUUUGCCCAUUCUUCAAGGCAAAACUGCUCCAGCUCCUUCAAGUUGGAUGGGUUCCGCUGGUGUACAGCAAUCUUUAAGUCAUACCACAGAUUCUCAAUUGGAUUGAAGUCUAGGUUUUGACUAGGCCAUUCCAAGACAUGUAAAUGUUUCUCCUUAAACCACUCGAGUGUUGCUUUAGCAGUAUGCUUAGGGUCAUUGUCCUGCUGGAAGGUGAACCUCCGUCCCAGUCUCAAAUCUCUGGAAGACUGAAACAUGUUUCCCUCAAGAAUUUCCCUGUAUUUAGCGCCAUCCAUCAUUGGUUCAAUUCUGACCAGUUUCUCAGUCCCUGCCGAUGAAAAACAUCCCCACAGAAUGAUGCUGCCACCACCAUGCUUCACUGUGGGGAUGGUGUUCUCGGGGUGAUGAGAGGUGUUGGGUUUGCGCCAGACAUAGCGUUUUCCUUGAUGGCCAAAAAGCUCAAUUUUAGUCUCAUCUGACCAGAGUACCUUCUUCCAUAUGUUUGGGGAGUUUCCCACAUGCCUUUUGGCGAACACCAAACGUGUUUGCAAUGGCUUUUUUCUGCCCACUCUUCCGUAAAGCCCAGCUCUGUGGAGUGUAUGGCUUAAAGUGGUCCGAUGGACAGAUACUCCAAUCUCCGCUGUGGAGCUUUGCAGCUCCUCCAGGGUUAUCUUUGGUGUCUUUGUUGCCUCUCUGAUUAAUGCCCUCCUUGCCUGGUCCAUGAGUAUUUGUGGACGGCCCUCUCUUGGCAGGUUUGUUGUGGUGCCAUAUUCUUUCCAUUUUUUAAUAAUGGAUUUAAUGGUGCUCCGUGGGAUGUUCAAAGUUUCUGAUAUUUUUUUAUAACCCAACCCUGUCUGUACUUCUCCACAACUGUGUCCCUGACCUGUUUGGAGAGCUCCUUGGUCUUCAUGGUGCCGCUUGCUUGGUGGUACCCCUUGCUUAGUGGUGGUGCAGACUCUGGGGCCUUUCAGAACAGGUAUAUAUUGAGAUCAUGUGACAGAUCAUGUCACACUUAGAUUGCACACAGGUAUACUUUAUUUAACUAAUUAUGUGACUUCUGGAGGUAAAUGGUUGCACCAGAUCUUAUUUAGGGGCUUCAUAGCAAAGGGGGUGAAUACAUAUGCACCACCACUUUUCCGUUAUUAAUUUUUUUGAAUUUUUUGAAACAAGUUAUUUUUUUCGUUUCACUUCACCAAUUUGGGCUAUUUUGUGUAUAUCCAUUACAUGAAAUCCAAAUAAAAAUCCAUUUAAAUUACAGGUUAUAAUGCAACAAAAUAGGAAGAACACCAAGGGGGAUGAAUACUUUUGCAAGACACUGUAUUACUGCAUGGUUAUAAUAUCAGUGUUUCAAUAGUCGCACAGCUAGUAACUGUAGCGUAGUGAAACGUGUGUGUAAGCUAACCUUUUGUCCAUCUCAAUGCUAGUAUAACUGUAGUGAAACGUGUGUGUGAGCUAACGUUUUGUCCCUCACAAAGCUAGUAUAACUGUAGUGAAACGUGUGUGUGUGUGUGUGAGAGAGAGAGAGCGAGAUAGACAGAGAGCUAACCUUCUGUCCCUGUCCCCAGGUGGCACCGAGUGGCCAUCAGCGUUCACAAACAGAGCAUCACCAUCAUCCUGGACUGUAAAAAGAAGACCACCCAGAAGCUGUCCAGGAGCCCACACCCCAUCAUCGACACCAAAGGAAUUGUGGUCUUCGGAACUAGAAUACUUGAUGAAGAAGUCUUUGAGGUAGAUCUGCUGGCUUAUCUACAUGGUCCUUCGCUUAGUCCUAUUCAUUGA